AUGAAGCAUUCACUGUUAUUAUUUGCACUAACUUUUUCGUCGUUGCACGCCGAAGAGUCCAAUCUAGCUGAUGCCGUAUCAGGCAUACUGCUUAAGAACUACCAGGAUCCGUUCGCUCCAGCACUGAUAUCCCAGGCCUUUAUUUCCAGUAACAACUCGCGAGCCCAGCAAGACUUGUUGAACUCCAUUAUCAGCACAUUGGACGGACAAAUUGCCAUACGCUUCAAUGUCCCGUCGGGAAACCAACUGCGUAGACCGUGGACGCACCACGUAUGGCUCGUUGACAGCUACGAGGCCUUCAGAUUGCUGUACCGCGCACUGAACGUUGAAAGCUACGACUAUUCCGGCCGGUAUCUGAUCGUGUACAGUGGUUAUCCGGAGCGGAAGAUUAUCAACCAGAUUUUCGAAGAUCUGCUGAAACAGCAAAUUGUCAACGUAGUCUUUGCUGGAGUGAUUGCCACUCGGGUCGAGCUGUGGACGUACGAUCCGUUUACGUCGGGGAACUGCUUUGCUGUGAAUUUGAUCAAGUUGUCGGAGUUGUCCGACGACUAUUUCCCGGACAAGACCGUAUCGUUACAAGGGUGUAAACUAAAGGUGGGAUCUUUCGAGACCAGACCAUACACGUUUAUCAGCUAUGAUGAGAACCAGGAGUUGGUAUUGGGAGGAUUUGAGGGUGACAUGCUGGAGGUAUUGAAGGAAAAGCUUGACUUCAAAACGACCAUACUGAUUCCACCCAACAACACUCAGUGGGGAAUCGCGACCAAAGAGAACAGUACCGGGAUGAUGAAGAUGAUCCAGGAGGAAAAGGUGGACUUUGGUCUUUCGUGUCUAGGAAUAUCCACGGCACGAAACGAGAUUUUGAAGGCUGGUGAAGUGCAUUACACUACGGCGCUGGUUAUUUCGGUACCUCCGGGAAGGCCUUAUACUUCGUUUGAAAAGCUGUUCCGUCCGUUUCGAUCAGCAGUAUGGUUGGCAGUUGUUAUAUCCCUAGCCAUUGGGUUCGUAACGAUAGCUGUUGUCGAUCGGAUGAGUCAUGACGUGCGACAUUUUGUCUAUGGUAGAGGAGUUGGUUCAGCAGUCUUGAACUUGUACAAGGUACUCUUCGGAAUAUCAAUGAACGUUGUACCAAGUGGGAAUUUUGCGCGAACCUUACUAUUCCUAUGGAUAAUGGAAACGUUCAUCCUACGAACUCUUUACCAAGGGUCCAGCUUCAAGUAUCUACAGCUUAGCUUGAAGCGACCACCCUCUCGGACUCUGGCAGAGGUAGAUGCAACCGGUGCCCAUUACCACGUGAUCGACGUUGCUAUUCGCUACUAUGAGGCAUUUCCGGAACGAAUGAAGAGGGUGAUUCCCCUGCCCCCAGUGAAGGACAACCUAGCGGCACGCCUUCUCUGGAUGACUCAGAACCCCGAUAGUCCGGAGGUGAUGAUGAGCUGUACGGACCACGUGGCGUACCACAACCGGCUACACCGGCGACGUCCCGGUGGAUUCGUACGGAUAGCACAGGAGAGUAUCGCCGUCUAUACGAUCACCAUCUACUACCCGAAGAAGUCGAUGCUGACGCGGCAGUUCAAUCGGCAGAUUCGAAGGUUUCUGGCGGCCGGUUUGAUGGAAUAUUGGAUACAGCGGUACGGUGACUACGAUUUUCAGGAACAGGUUGAAUCCAGUGGGCCGAAGCCGUUAAGUUUAGAUCAUCUGCUGGGGGCCUUUGAGUUGUGCGGUGUUUUGAUCGUUACUAGUUUUGUGGUCUUUUUGAUUGAGCUAUUAGUUUUCAAAAGCAGCUCCAAGAAGAUGUGGAACAUGUUUGGUAGUUUUUUGAAACGGGAGGAGAUUGAAAUCGCAUAAAAUAUUUGUUGGAAUUAGAUUUUGUCAUUUGCAAGCUCAUGUGAACUGUUUACAUGGUCUUCGUCGAUAUUCGAUGAUUUUCCCCGAACAAAAUCGACGAACUGUCCGCGAAAACAGUGCACUCUUUUCUAAGCUUCAAAUAGAGUCGGCGUAAUCCCCUAAUGAUAUCAUUUGUUCGGUUUGUCUGGAUGGAAAAUUUGAAAAGAUUCUUUGAAUCAUGAAAAGUCGAUGUCAUUUAGCGUGACACAAUACAGUCUCAAUAAAGAUAUAUUCUCGGAUGUACAUAUUUCUGAAACACAACCAUGCCAUGACUCCACAAUUUUUAUUCUAGGUCACC